UCCCGGCGGCGGUGGCGGCGGGUUGGGGGCGACGCGCGGGAGAGGCGCGGGCUGGCGCGCGGGACGAAGAAUAAUCAUGGGCCAGACUGGGAAGAAAUCUGAGAAGGGACCGGUUUGUUGGCGGAAGCGAGUAAAAUCAGAGUACAUGAGACUGAGACAGCUCAAAAGGUUCAGAAGAGCUGACGAAGUAAAGACUAUGUUUAGUUCCAAUCGUCAGAAAAUUUUGGAAAGAACUGAAACCUUAAACCAAGAGUGGAAGCAGCGGAGGAUACAGCCUGUGCACAUCAUGACUUCUGUGAGCUCAUUGCGCGGGACUAGGGAGUGUUCAGUCACCAGUGACUUGGAUUUUCCAGCACAAGUCAUCCCGUUAAAGACCCUGAAUGCAGUCGCCUCGGUGCCUAUAAUGUAUUCUUGGUCGCCUUUACAACAGAAUUUUAUGGUGGAAGAUGAAACUGUUUUACAUAACAUUCCUUAUAUGGGGGAUGAAGUUCUGGAUCAGGAUGGCACUUUCAUUGAAGAACUAAUAAAAAAUUAUGAUGGAAAAGUGCAUGGUGACAGAGAAUGUGGAUUUAUAAAUGAUGAAAUCUUUGUGGAGUUGGUAAAUGCUCUUGGUCAAUAUAAUGAUGAUGAUGAUGACGAUGAUGGAGAUGAUCCAGAUGAAAGAGAAGAAAAACAGAAAGAUCUAGAGGAUAGUCAAGAUGAUAAAGAAGCUUGCCCACCUCGGAAAUUUCCUGCUGAUAAAAUAUUUGAAGCCAUUUCUUCAAUGUUUCCAGAUAAGGGCACAGCAGAAGAACUGAAAGAAAAUUAUAGCCAUAUUCAGGUACUUUGUGCUUAUUUUACAGCCUUCCAUGCAACACCCAACACAUAUAAGAGGAAGAACACAGAAACAGCUUUGGACAACAAGCCUUGUGGACCACAGUGUUACCAGCAUCUGGAGGGAGCUAAGGAGUUUGCUGCUGCUCUUACUGCUGAGCGGAUAAAGACACCACCUAAACGCCCAGGGGGCCGCAGAAGAGGAAGACUUCCGAAUAACAGUAGCAGACCCAGCACCCCCACCAUCAGUGUGCUGGAGUCAAAGGAUACAGACAGUGACAGAGAAGCAGGGACUGAAACUGGGGGAGAGAACAACGAUAAAGAAGAAGAAGAGAAAAAAGAUGAGACUUCCAGCUCCUCUGAAGCAAAUUCUCGGUGUCAAACACCAAUAAAGAUGAAGCCAAAUAUUGAACCUCCUGAGAAUGUGGAGUGGAGUGGUGCUGAAGCCUCCAUGUUUAGAGUCCUCAUUGGUACUUACUACGAUAACUUUUGUGCCAUUGCUAGGCUAAUUGGGACCAAAACAUGUAGACAGGUGUAUGAGUUUAGAGUCAAGGAGUCCAGUAUCAUAGCACCUGUUCCUACUGAGGAUGUGGACACGCCUCCAAGAAAGAAGAAAAGGAAACAUCGGUUGUGGGCUGCACACUGCAGAAAGAUACAACUGAAAAAGGACGGCUCCUCUAACCAUGUUUACAACUAUCAACCCUGUGACCAUCCACGGCAGCCUUGUGACAGUUCGUGCCCUUGUGUGAUAGCACAAAAUUUUUGUGAAAAGUUUUGUCAAUGUAGUUCAGAGUGUCAAAACCGCUUUCCUGGAUGUCGGUGCAAAGCACAAUGCAACACCAAACAGUGUCCAUGCUACCUGGCUGUCCGAGAGUGUGACCCUGACCUCUGUCUCACGUGUGGAGCUGCUGACCAUUGGGACAGUAAAAAUGUAUCCUGUAAGAACUGUAGCAUUCAGCGGGGCUCUAAAAAGCACUUACUGCUGGCACCAUCUGAUGUGGCAGGCUGGGGCAUCUUUAUCAAAGAUCCUGUGCAGAAAAAUGAAUUCAUCUCAGAAUACUGUGGGGAGAUUAUUUCUCAGGAUGAAGCAGACAGAAGAGGAAAAGUGUAUGACAAAUACAUGUGCAGCUUUCUGUUCAACUUGAACAAUGAUUUUGUGGUGGAUGCAACCCGAAAGGGCAACAAAAUUCGUUUUGCUAAUCAUUCAGUAAAUCCAAACUGCUAUGCAAAAGUUAUGAUGGUUAAUGGUGACCACAGGAUAGGCAUCUUUGCUAAGAGGGCGAUCCAGACUGGUGAAGAGUUGUUUUUUGAUUACAGAUACAGCCAGGCUGAUGCCCUGAAGUAUGUGGGCAUCGAACGAGAAAUGGAAAUCCCUUGACAUCUACUACCUCUUCCCCUUCUCUCUGAAACAGCUGCCUUAGCUUCAGGAACCUUGAGUACUGUGGGCAAUUUAGAAAGAGGAAAUGCAGUUUGAAAUUCUGAAUUUGCAAAGUACUGUAACAGUAAUUUAUAGUAAUGUUUUAAAAUCAACUUUUUAUUGCCUUCUCACCAACUGCAAAGUGUUUUGUACCAGUGAGUUUUUGCAAUAAUGCAGUAUGGUACAUUUUUCAAAUUUGAAUAAAGAAUACUUGAACUUGU